UGUAUACACCGUUUGUAUACUUACAUGUAUAAGAAUUAGUUGGAGAGUAAUUAUUAUUAGUUUGAGGUAGUAAAGAUUCAAAUUAAAGGAUUAAUGGAGGAAGGAGGCAUGAAGAAGAAACUGCUGAGGGAAAAAGAGGGAGACGAAGAGGUAAAAGGAGUAAAAGAGAAGUUGUGGGAAGAGAACAAGAAGAUAUGGGUGGUAGCGGGGCCUGCUAUUUUCACCCGGCUGUCAAUGUUCGGCGUCACCACCAUCACUCAAAUCUUUGUCGGUCACAUCGGUCCUAUUCAAUUUGCUGCUUACAAUCUCAUCUUGACAGCCCUUAUGAGAUUUGUAGUAGGGAUUUUGCUGGGAAUGGCUAGUGCAUUGGAAACAUUAUGUGGGCAAGCAUACGGUGCAAAGCAAUAUCACAUGCUAGGAAUAUACCUUCAAAGAUCAUGGGUAGUCCUCACCAUAUCUGCAAUCUGUCUUCUUCCUAUAUUUGCCUUCAGUGCACCAAUUUUUAGGGUUUUGGGUCAAGAAGAAGACAUCAUACAAAUGGCUCAAGGAAUUUCUUACUGGUUCAUCCCUGCUUUCUUCUCCUUCAUUUUAUCCUUCACAUGCCAAAUGUAUCUUCAAGCACAAGCCAAGAACCUUAUUAUCUUUUACUUGGCUGCAUUCACACUCAUAAUCCAUCUUCUUCUUUCAUGGCUUUUCACUGUCAAGCUCAAGAUGGGACUUACAGGUGUACUUAUAUCAACCAAUUUGGCUUAUUGGAUACCUAAUAUUGGUCAACUCUUGUUUGUUCUUUGUGGACCUUGUCAAGAUACAUGGAAAGGUUUCUCAACUUUGGCAUUUAAGGAUCUUUGGCCUUUGUUAAAGCUUUCAUUGUCUUCUGGUGUAAUGCUCUGUCUUGAGGUCUGGUACAACGCAGCCUUGGUUCUGUUAACAGGAAUGUUGAAAAAUGCUAAGGUUGCCAUUGAUGCUCUUGGUAUCUGCACCAACAUCAAUGGAAUGGAAAUGAUGAUAUCACUUGGUUUCUUAGCUGCUGCGAGUGUUAGAGUGGCAAAUGAACUUGGAAGAGGGAGCUCAAAAACAGCAAAAUUUUCAAUCAAAAUGAUUCUUUCAAUGUCAUUAGCAAUUGGGUUUGUGUUUUUCUUGCUUUUCCUAUUCAUGGGAGGAAAUCUCGCAUAUAUAUACACCACUAAUCGUGCGGUGGCCAUGGAAGUUGGUAACCUAUCACCAUUAUUGGCUAUCUCCAUUCUCCUCAACAGUGUCCAACCAGUCCUCUCCGGAGUUGCUGUUGGCGCUGGAUGGCAAAGUAUUGUAGCAUAUGUUAACAUAGCUUGCUACUACUUGGUUGGCAUUCCUAUUGGUAUAGUGCUUGGACAUGUGCUUGGAUUGCAAGUCAGGGGUGUUUGGAUUGGGAUGUUGGUUGGAAUAUUUGUCCAAACCAUUGUGCUUUCUAUAAUCACUUACAAAACCAAUUGGGAGGAAGAGGUAUUUGUGACUCGAACACGCUUGCAAAAAUGGUUCGUGGAAGCACCAGAUCACCAACAACAACAUAAUAACGAGCAAAAUGCUUAA